AAAGAGUAUCAAACUUGUAUUCAUACAAAUUAAUGACCCACUUUACAUUAAUCCAGUAACAAUGAAAAAGAAAUGAGAUAUUAAAAUAAGGCAAGUGUAAUUAGCAAGGAAAGUUAAAAAGCCUUAAACUAAUGAUAUUAGGGGAGAAAUCAUAUCAAAGUAUAAUCAUCAUUCUUCUACUAUUUUAACAGCCACCAUCAAAUAAACAAAUACAACCAGCAGAGAUUAUUAAUCCAACCACCGGAGUCGGCGUCGAACGCGGUAACCUUAGAGAUAACAAUAUAUAGCUGAGCCAUAUCAGAAGUUAAUACGACGUAGUUGCAAUUAUUAUUGUUGUACAGAGGAGUUGUUACGUGUUAAAAAUUGGUAAGGGCAGGCGCAGGGGCGUACAUGCAUUGUCUUAAUCCUAUGGUAAGUAGCAAAUUCUAGCCAAUGUUUAAAAUAAUGAGUUUAAACAAUUAACAUCUGCUACUUUACUGUAUAUACAAGUAUUUUAAGUGUUGACCAUUGGUGCAAUUAAGAUCAUUAGAUUCUUCAAGGUAAAGAAUAUUAGAAUAAUGAAUAUAAGAGUUAAUUGUAAUUUAGCUCCCUUGGAAAAGGACAGCUUAACUAUCACAUGAUACAGGAUGAUAGUUAAAAUAUCAAAGGUCAGAAGAAUACAAAUUUUAUUUGGAGUAUUGAAGUAUGAAAGAACAUGACAUUAUGGUAGCCUAGCUGGGCUUCAUCAAGUUUAAGUGGAGCUCGCUCGUUUCGUGACCUUGUUCCGGUAACCAACAGCUGAUUCCGAAAAACUAGCUGUCAAAUAUUUUGAUUACGUGAAGCCGAAUAAAAGGUUCGUGCCAAAGAUGAAGGAAAUCAGUUGAGUAGAAUCACAAGCAAUGACCAGAUCCUGAAAAUUGUCAUCAUUGACUUAUAAUAUAAUCAUACAUUAGCUUUUGAUUUAUUGUUGAAUGCCAACGACUAACAUAUCAUAUGGUCAUGAAAUUUGGUAAUUUAGUGUCAAUUAUUUGUUGUUAGAUCAUUAUGAUGAAAUCAUAUAGCACGUCGAUCAGUGAGGAGCUUAUGACAGGUUUCUGCUUCAAUAUGCUGACCAAUUUAUAAUAAAUUAAGACCAAUAAUACUAUUGUAUUCUAACAUGUUUAUGCUUCUAUGAUAUGUCACCUUGGAUUGCACAUUAUAUUGUUAGCUGAAGGACGUGCAGGUCUGUAAGUUUUCGACGUGCCAUCAGUUACUGCAGACUACUCUUAGAACUUUUUCGUCGUACAAAACUAGGAGCUAACAUGGCUAAGAGUAAUAACAUCAGAUAUCUUCCAAAUGGCAGUCUCAUUGUCUAAGAAGAAAUCAAAGAAAUCAUACAAGAAAGAGGAAGAGCGCGGCUUAAUUAAGUCAUGUCUGUUUAAUUUUCUGAGCAGAAUUCCUGUGACUUUACUUUUUAUUAUUAUCAUCUUCAUAUGGUCUUCUUCCACCACUAUAAUUUCCGGUUCUAUUUUCCAUGUUUGUGUAACGUCUAGGAAACUUAACAACCUCUACUGUCUUUCUGCUGGUGCUCAACCUUCCGGCUUUGAUAUUCCUUUGAUUAGCAAUAGCUCUGAAUUUUCAGCUGUUCAAAGAAGCACAAAUUUAGUCCUGAAUAACAGCCAGAAAGCGCCUGUGUUUUCGCCUGUUAGCCUUUUAACUGCAGCUGAAAACACCAAAAACUCUGCUUCUGAAGAAAAGACUGAAGGGGCUGUACAAUUAACCCGAAACACAGCAGUUAUUAAUCCAAUCAGGGACAGCAUUGAUAUUCAACUGCCUGUAGUAAAUGAUGGAAGUACAAAAGAGUUAAUGAUAUCAUCCCAAUCGUCGAGCUUGUAUCAGUUUUCAAAGCCAGUCCUCCGGAAGGGCAUAGGUAAGGAAAAGGCAGAGGAGAUAGCAAAUGCUAGGAAGAACGUCGAAGAACAACUAGCAACCUUGCGAACCUACAUUGCAAAGGAAAAGCCCUUAAAUUGUGAGGGAAGAGGUAUAUAUGUGUAUGACCUGCCUUCCAAGUUCAACAAGGAUUUGUUAGCCAAGUGCAAUGAGAUGAUGUCGUGGCUCGACUUUUGUAAGUACUUCACCAACGGUGCAAUGGGUGAGCCUAUGCCAGAGCUAGGGGAAGGGUGGUAUAACACCUACCAGUAUUCCCUGGAGCCAAUAUUCCACAAUCGCGUACUCAAACACCCUUGUAGAGUCCACAAUGCAGAGGAGGCCAAGCUUUUUUUUGUGCCCUUCUACGGUGGGAUGGAUAUAUUAAGGUGGCACUUUAAUAAGGCCCCUAUUAACGUGAAGGAUUCACUCUCUGAGGAGCUUGUAGAGUGGCUUGAACCGUAUGAGACGUGGAGGAGAAACUUUGGGUUGGAUCAUGUGUUUGUCCUAGGAAAAAUCUCUUGGGAUUUCAGGAGGUGGGAGAAUGUCUCCUGGGGGAGCCGCCUCUUAGAGCUAGAUGAGCUCCAAAACCCGAUGAAGCUCUUGAUAGAACGACAACCUUGGCAUCCCAACGACGUGGGAAUCCCACACCCAACCAACUUCCACCCAAAGUCAGAUGAAGAGAUCAUAGCAUGGCAGGAGAAAAUCAAGCAGAUGAAUCGGAUGAACUUGAUCAGCUUUGCAGGUGCACCGCGCAGGGCCUUGGGGAGCAUAAGAUCAGUCCUAAUCGAGCAAUGCGCUUCUGCCCCUAGAGUGUGCAACUUCUUAGACUGUGGAGAACAGAAAUGUGCUGAUUCUGCAGCUGUAAUGAAACUUUUCAUGGAAUCAGAAUUCUGCCUGCAGCCUGCAGGGGAUAGUCCAACAAGAAAAUCAGUGUUUGAUGCCCUCAUUGCUGGCUGUAUUCCGGUUGUCUUUGAUCCUUUCACAGCACACUACCAAUAUCCCUGGCAUUUGCCCGAGGAUCACAGGAAGUAUUCAGUGUAUUUAGACCAAGAGGAGGUAAAGAUGUCCGAGAUGAACGUGGUAAACGAGCUUCUGAAAAUCCCUCUAGUGGAAAGGCAACAGAUGAGGAACUAUAUAAUCGAGGAACUGAUGCCUCGGUUGGUUUAUGCACAUGAAGACGCUAAGCUAACACGAUUUGAUGAUGCAUUUACAUUAUCUGUAAAUAAUCUGCUUGAAAGGGCUGUUAGCAGAUUAUCUUAAUAGGAAUUAAAAGGCUUAAUUUUAUUUUUAUUACUAUAGUUAUUCAAAGAUGAGAGAAUUGUUUCAUCUUGCAUUGUCAAAGAUGCUGCUAUUUCUGAUUCUUUUGUUAAAGAUGAGGAGUUGUAUAUAUAAAUAUACAAUGCUCAAUUCUGAGGGACAAAUGAUGAAGUACAACAUUACAGUUUUGGAAUUUUGGCUUGUUACAUUGAACUAUAAGGUGGUGCAAGCCAGCAAUUGUAUAACUGUAUGUUUACUUACAGUUACAUGCACUUUCAGGCUCUAUUUUUUUUUUUU